CUGAAACUUUGCAUUCCAUGAUUCUAGCUCCUGUAUUGAAUCAUCCCUCCGUUCAUAGUUCUCCCACGAUACAAAUCAUCAGUACUAACAAGAAGAUCCGAUCGAUACUCCACAGAAAUGGCGGAUUUGAAGUUCCAAAUAGUUAUGUUUCCAUGGUUCGCCGCCGGCCACAUGACUCCAUUCCUGCACCUGGCCAACGAGCUUGCCAAAAGGGGCCAUAGAAUCACCUACUUGCUGCCGAAGAAAGCUCUGGUUCAGCUCGGCCACCUGAACCGCCACCCAGAUCUCGUAACCUUCCGCCUUGUGAAGAUCCCUCACGUUGCCGGCCUCCCGGAGGGGACAGAAACGGCGUCGGAGAUCCCCCUCUCGUUAAACCACUUGCUGUGCAUGGCCACUGAUAUGAUCCAGGACCAGGUGGUGGGCAUACUAAGGGAAACAAAACCAGACUUGGUGUUAUACGACAAUGCGUUUUGGGUGCCGGAGCUGGCCAGGAAGCUCGGGAUCAAAACGGUGUGCUUCAACGUCGUUUGCGCGGCAAGCUUGGCUAUAGGUCUCGUCCCUGCAAGGAAGGUUCCAAAGGAUAGGGCUUUAACUCUGGAGGAUAUCAGCCAGCCACCACCAGGUUACCCUUCAACAAAAGUAAUGCUUCGCGGAGACGAAGCUCGAUCGUUACUCUUCCUCUCCCUCCCGUUCGGCGACAAGAUAACCUUCUACGACCGCAUCACCAAUGCCUUACGAGAAUGCGAUGCCAUAGCCAUCCGAACCUGCAGAGAGAUCGAACGAAGCUUCUGCGACUACAUGUCCCACCAAUACCACAAGCCCGUCUUCCUCACCGGCCCCGUCUUACCCCACCAAUCCAAACACCACGACCUCGACCCCUCCAUCGCCACUUGGCUCGCCGGCUUCGAGCCCCGGUCCGUCGUCUUCUGUGCCUUCGGGUCACAGCUCAACCUCGAGAAACCUCAGUUCCAAGAGAUCCUCCUAGGGUUGGAGCUCACAGGCUUACCUUUCCUGGUUUCCCUGAAACCUCCGACAGGGUGCGACAUGGUAGACGAGGCCUUACCGGAAGGGUUCGAAGAGAGAGUUGGAGGGAGAGGGAUGGUGUGCAGAGGUUGGGUUCAGCAACCGCAGAUUCUGGAUCAUCCGACGGUGGGGUGUUUCGUGAACCAUUGCGGUUUCGGGUCGAUGUGGGAAUCGCUAAUGAGUGAGAAGCAGAUAGUAUUGUGUCCUCAUUUGGGUGAUCAGAUUCUGAACACGAGGAUUCUGGUGGAGGAGCUGGCGGUGGCGGUGGAGGUGGAGAAGGCGGAGAAGGGGUGGAUUUCGAAGGAGAAGCUGUGUGAGGCGGUGAAGAAUGUGAUGGAUGAAGGGAGUGACGUGGCGAGGAGGGUGAGGGAGAAUCACGAGGAAUGGAGGUUGGUGUUGGGGACAGAUGGGUUCACGGAUGCUUACAUUGAUGGGUUUGUUCAGAAUUUGAGAGAGCUUCUCAGGGGUGAGAAAUGAUUAAUCUUUGAUGGGCUAGGUCGGAGUAUGUAUUAGACUCGAUCGGAUUGAGGAGGGGACUUUCAGACCAAGAAAUUCUUGCUUGUUCUGAUUUUUUUUGGGUCAUACAUACUUGUCAUUUGUCAAGGUAUGAAUGCUAAACAUGAGUACGUACAUCUCUUAAGAAAAAAUUGAAUUUUGAUUAAUCAUGUUAUGAAAAACUAGUUACUUCUACUAACUUAAUCUCGUUGGUUGCUUGUUUAGAAUUUUUAUCUCUAUUGUUGUUAUAUGAUCUAGAAUAUAGGUUGGGGGGUGUAUAUUACUUGAUUAUUUGUUCAGAAUUUGAGUCUAACUUGAUAGGUUUUGGUUGGAUUCUUGUAGAGUUUGGGAAGUGUUGAUUAAUUGUUUUAUGCGUGCGCUAGUGUUAUAUGAUAGCUUGAUAUAUAUUGGUCUCUAUUGCUCAAUGUCUCCUCUACUAGUGCUCUCUUAUUUAUUUAUUCAUUUUGAAAAAAAAAAUUACCUAUGAAUUGGAUCCCUAAGGCUCCCUAGAGUCAAAAUAUAUAGAACCAGAAUGUGUAAUGUGUUUUUCCCAUGCUACUGCUAAUGUAAAUUAUCCAAUGGUUAUGAAAUAUAUUUCAUGGAUAAGGUGAUUUUU